AUGUCCGACAUAGACGAUCGCGCUUUCGACAGUGAUGAUGAUCUGGCCACCAUCACUUUUCAAGGAGCUCUCCGCAAUGGCGAUCAGGACGACCCUCGCCCCUUCGAUUUGGCGGAUGUUCCUUCCUCUGUCGAAGCAGAAGAUGCCUUGCCCCAAAGCGACAUCUUUGAGAGUCUCUUCCUGCAACCAGAAGGACCUCUUCCCGCAGGUCGUACCUGGGAACAGACGAAAGUUCACCCCGUAAGUUUGUCCACCCUCGCACGCACCUUCAAAAAAGAAGACAAGGCCACUGCAAUCAACUUGUUGCACCGUCGUUCUGUCCUCCGCCUCGACGACGACCUUUACUAUGAUAAUAAUGACGAGAUGCUCGCUUGGGACGGUUCCCAGCAUUUUCUCGAUUUCUUUCUAGUGGUGGGUGGCUCUGUCGGUUUGCAUGCCCUGCUACCAAACAAGGUCGUGGACCACACAUUUUUCCAUCGCACUCAACCUCUCUCUGCCAAACCACAUGUUUAG